AUGCCUACUGUCUGCUUGAAAGGGAUAGAUAACCACUUGGUAACCGUUCCGACUGGUCUCUUCAUCGAUAACGAGUUUGUACCCGCCACUAGGAAUGCCACGCUCGACACUGAAAAUCCGGCCACGGGGUCGCUCCUCGCAUCCGUAUCUGCGGCGCAGAAGGAAGACAUCGACCUCGCCGUGCAGUCCGCGAAGAGGGCCUAUCGCACCUGGCGUGCCGAGUCCCCCGGAACCAGGCGAAACCUGCUGAACAAGCUAGCUGACCUCGUCGAGCGUGAUGCCACAGACCUAGCGUCCCUCGAGGCCUUGGACGCCGGUAUCCUCUACCGGGACUCCAUCGGCCUGCACAUCCACCAGGCCCUUGAGAACCUGCGCUACUUCGCCGGCUGGGCCGAUAAGGUAGACGGGCUGUCGCUAACGAUCCCUGAGGGCAUGGCCUAUACCAGAAGAGAACCCAUCGUUGGGUCUGUCUACAAAAUCUCCUUCCUCUCUCACCUGCUCACGGUGCUGGAGUUACGGAUCUACUGGCUUACGCACCCCGAUAUCUACAGCAUGAUAACCGUCUGGAAACUGGCACCCGCCCUCGCCGGCGGCAACACCCUAAUCAUCAAGACCCCAGAGGCCUCCCCCCUUUAUGGUCAGAAACUCGCCCAGCUCAUCGCAGAAGCCGGCUUCCCUCCGGGUGUCGUGAGCAUCGUCUGUGGCCUCGGGACUGUCGCAGGAAAAGCCAUCUCUGAACACCCCGAUAUCCGCAAGGUAUCCUUCACAGGCAGCGCAGGCGCCGGGCGGCAGGUUCUCGCGGCCUCGGCGCGCACGAACCUCAAGCGUGUGACGCUCGAGCUCGGCGGCAAGGGCCCAGCCAUCGUCUUCGACGAUGCGGAUUGGGAGAACGCGCUUCUCUGGACAACUCUCGGCAUCACUGUGAAUAACGGGCAGGUGUGCAUCGCGGGAAGUCGUAUCUACGUGCAGAGUACCAUCUACCAGCGCUUUGCUGAGGCCUUCAGUGCACGCAGCCGCGACGCCGUACACGGAGACCCGCUCCUGCCGGAGACUACGAAGGGUCCCCUCAUCAACAAGAUGCAGCGGGAGAAGGUGCUUUCAUUCGUGCAGAAGGGCCAGGCCUCGGGCGCUAAGCUGCUUCACGGAGGUGGUGGGGAGGAGAACUUCGUCGCCAACACCGCGUUUCUCGAUGUGCGGCAGGACGCGGACAUCAUGCAGCAGGAGAUCUUCGGCCCUGUGGCUUGCAUCGCGCCAUUUGAGACAGAAGAGGAGGUCAUCGAGAAGGCAAAUGAUUCGGCAUACGGCCUGAGUGCCGCAGUCUUCACGAACGACUUAAACAAGGCUUUUCGGGUGACCGAAGCAAUGGAGACAGGACAGGUCACCGUGAAUGUCUGGGGAGCGUUGAAUGCAAACACACCGUUCGGUGGUAUGAAGGAGAGUGGUUUUGGUAGGGACAUGGGGAAGGAGGCUCUGGAUGAGUGGACAGUUGUUAAAUGCGUUAAGUGGCAGAUUGUAAGGAAAUAA